AUGAGCGACCUCGCAGCUGUCAAGAGGCAAUUGAAGAUCAAGUACGGUGUGGUUCAGAGAUUAUCGAAAGAGACGGGGUUAUAUCGCAAGGAGGCUGAAGGUCUCGAGACGAAGCGAGCAAAGUUGGUGCUGGAUGGCGCAGAGGAAUGGGAUAUCAAGAAUGCCGGCAAGAUGAUUGAAGAAUCCGGAAAGAUGGUUCUUGACACUACGUCACGCCUGAAGAAAGCCUCAGAUGAACUCGAAGCUCUUAUUACAUCGGCGAAGAAAGACUUCAAUCUGGGACAAGACGAAGACCUGCUCAAGGCGGAGGAGAUCCUGCAAAGUGCGAAGGCUUGA